UUGGAGCUGGUAACUAUGUCACAGCCAACAGAGAGGAUGCAUUCGAAAAAAGCAGGCAUCCGUGCAGCUGUGGUUUUAAUUGGAUUGCUACACAAAUCGCGGAGACAGAUCCGAGAGCGAAGAAAACAAGAGCUGGCAAACUCUUCUGAAGUCACAGUGCCGGACCGUCCCUUGUCACCACCAGCCACAGCACCUCCAAACAUGAAGUCGGCAGAAUUCUUUGAGAUGCUGGAAAAAAUGCAGACUCCUAAGUUGGAAGAGCAGAGGGGCCAUAGAAACAAGGAUGACUAUAUACCAUACCCUAGCAUCGAGGAGAUUUUGGAAAAGGAUGUCACAUACCCUUUAAUUAUUCUGCCUCAGUUUGGUGGUUAUUGGAUAGAAGAUCCAGAAAAUAUAAGCACUCCAACAUCAUCUGACAGCAGUAUUUGCGAUGAGGAGGAAGAGCCCAUGAGUCCCAGCACAUAUGGAUAUAAACUUGAAUACAAGGGUUCUGCUCGGGCCUACAGAAAACAUUUCUUGGGGAAGGACCAUUUAAACUUUUAUUGCACUGGAAGCAGCCUAGGAAACUUGAUCCUUUCUAUUAAAUGUGAAGAAGCCGACAACAUAGAAUAUUUAAGAAUUAUACUCAGGUCAAAAGCGAAAACUCUACAUGAACGAAUUCCACUGUCUGGAUUUAGUAAACUUCCCAGCAUCCCUCAGAUAGCAAAGGCCUUAUGUGAUGAUGCCACUGGGCUUAAAUUCAACCCAGUUCUUUAUCCAAAGGCAUCGCAUUUGAUUGUUGCAUAUGAUGAACAUGAAAUCAACAAUACCUUCAAGUUUGGUGUUAUAUAUCAAAAACUUAGGCAAACAUUAGAAGAAGAAUUAUUCGGCAACAGUGAGGAAAGUGCAGCUUUUCAAGAGUUCUUGACGUUAUUGGGAGAUACUGUAUUACUGCAGGACUUCAAAGGGUUUCGAGGAGGGUUGGAUGUGGCACAUGGGCAGACAGGGACAGAGUCCAUAUACACUGUGUUCAGAGAAAAGGAGAUCAUGUUCCAUGUAUCCACAAAGUUACCAUUUACAGAAGGAGAUACUCAACAGCUGCAGAGGAAAAGACAUAUUGGUAAUGAUAUUGUGGCUAUUGUGUUUCAAGAAGAGAAUACUCCCUUCGUCCCAGAUAUGAUUGCAUCAAACUUUCUUCAUGCGUACAUUGUGGUGCAAGUUGAGAAUCCAGAGACGGACUAUACGACUUAUAAGGUAUCGGUUACUGCACGAGAAGAUGUGCCAUCUUUUGGUCCCCCACUACCAAAUCCACCAGUAUUUCAACAAAACGCAGAGUUCCGAGAGUUUUUGCUGACCAAACUCAUUAAUGCUGAACAUGCUUGCUGCAAGUCUGACAAGUUUGCCAAGCUUGAGGAUCGGACAAGAGCUGCCCUAUUGGACAAUCUGCAUGAUGACCUUCAUGUGCACACGCAGGCCAUGCUUGGUCUUGGGCCAGAAGAAGACAAACUGGAGAAUGGAGCUCAUGGAGGAUUUCUGGAGUCAUUUAAAAGAGCUAUCCGAGUACGCAGUCAUUCCAUGGAAACCAUGGUGGGAAGCCAGAAAAAGCAUCAGUCAGGGGGGAUAUCUGGAAGCCUGAGCGGAGGCAUUGUGCAUACAAGUGCUGAGAUGACAAAAACCACCUUCUCUCCUCCUGCCGUUGUGACUAAGACACAGUCCAAAAGCCCCAUAAAAAGGAGAUCAGGUCUCUUCCCUCGACUGCACACAGGGCCUGAAACCCAAUCCGAGAGCCGGACUCGCUGUGAUAGCAUGUCCAGCUCUCCGAAAACCCCAGACUGUGCACAUUCAUCGCAGGAUGUAAAAUCUGAAACCUCAUCGAAUCCCAGUUCUCCAGAGAUAUGUACCAACAAAGAGAGGCCCUACAUUAAACUGAAAGAGAAUGGCCGAUCCAAUAUUUCUCGCUCUUCAUCCAGUACAAGCAGUUUCAGCAGUACAGCUGGAGAGAGUGAAGCCAUGGAGGAGUACGAAAGUGUGGGCAGCCAGCCAUUGACCGCAUCACCCUACAAACAGGAAGUGUUUGUCUACAGCCCGUCGCCUAGCCAAGAGAACCAUACUUCCUCUGCCCCUGUAAUCAUGAGCAGGAGCCCCACAGAUAUAAAGAGUAGAAAUUCCCCAAGAUCCAACCUCAAAUUUCGUUUUGAUAAACUCAGCCAGUCAAGUUCCGGCUCCAGUACAUGAGUUCAAGACUGGUCAAACUUUAACUACCAUCUUGAGAACUGACCUGAAAGGGUAUGCUCACUCCACAAAUAGUUACUGCCACAAUGCAUUCAUGGAAAUGUUCAAUUACUGCGCUGUUCCCCACAAAUAUAUGAAAGAACUGCCAUAUUAGUGCACUCCUUGUGUCCCGUGGCACUUGUCUUGUGAACGGAGUCUUGUCAGAUAGUGGACUUAACUCUUUUUCAUUUCUUUCUUUUACCUUGUCUAAAGCAAAGAGCAUUUUUUACUUGAUACAUCCUUCUUGCACAGUCUUUGUAAUCAAGUGCACCUGAUCACCGAGUGCCAAGUUUGUUGUCAUUAUCAGGGAAGAUCACUGGAAUUCUCACCACAAUUCUGGGCAUUCUACCUACAGGUGGUGCUUCUCGUUUCAUUCACUGAUAUUACCAAAUGCUGCUUUUCCAUCUACCAGGAUUAUACUUGGAAUUCUUCAUAAGGCUUGCACAGCUUUCUACAUUUCUGCCACACC